AUGGCCACCAGCCAGGCAUGGAGGUUAAAGCGCUACGGGCGGUGUAUUGGAGACUCUACAAGGAGGACGCUAUGGAAGGUCUUUGAUUUAAAUGACAACGGACCAGAAAUGUUCCUCACGAUUGUGAAAUCUGGAUACUUGCUAGUAAUGCGAGGACAGGAAAGCUUGGAUACAAUCCCUUUCCUCUCUGGGUCCGAUUCUGUCAAAGUACAACAGAAAUCUGAAAACCUGAUAUUUCGAUGUACUGUGAAUGGAGAGAGCCGCAUGAUGAGGAUGCAGUUUGAUGGAAUAGAGGAGUGUGCAAGUGCGGUGGAAACCCUGAAGGAGUACGUGUCUGUCACCACUCAGGAUGGCACCCCAUCGCCCCCUAAUCAGCCCCCUGCUGAGGCCUCUGCACCAGUGACACAGAAUUGUCAGGGAAAGGCUAUGGAAGUUGAUCCUGAGGUUGUCAGAGGAUCGUUGUCCAUCAAGCAUCUUACCCAGCACAUCUUGGGAGAGACUGUUGUGACUCUACCUCAAGUAUAUCGCCACGCUUCUUUGGCACAGGGGGACUUGGAGCCCAUCCUGCGUGUUUGUCUGCUGGAUCCCAGCUUUCCUGCGUUUGUGGAGAAAGUUGAAGAGGAGCUGAGGAAACUGCUUGAAGAGUGA